CAAUUUUCUAGAUUCUAGAGAGAUAAGAGAGAAAGUGAGAGAAGAAGAAGAGACGAUCCAAAAGCGUGUGUGGGGGUUUUCGUGUGAGAAUGGCUGAUACAGUCGACAAAUUAACUUACUUCCAAAUGGUUACAGGUCUUCAAGAUCCUGAUUUGUGCACUGAGAUCCUUCAAGCUCAUGAUUGGGACCUAGAACUCGCUAUCUCCACCUUCACGUCUACUUCUGAUCAUCGCGGUGGCGCUUCGUCUUCCGCCUUCCAUGAUCGCGAUGAUGCCUCCGUGUUUCCUGACGACUCUAUGACGACUCCUGGUGAUUUUCAUCAACAACCUCGCGGGAUCGUUGACGAUACAGAGCUUGUUAUGAUGCGUGAUGGUGGUGACGGAGACGGAGGAGGUAAUCGAGGUCCUGGAGUUGCGUGGAGGAUUAUUACUUUGCCGAUUUCGAUUGUUUCCGGUAGCUUAGGGUUAGUUUCUGGAGCGAUCGGGUUAGGGAUUUGGGCUGCUGGUGGUGUUUUAUCGUAUUCGUUUGGUUUGUUAGGGUUUAGAUCAGGGAGAGGCGGUGGUGCGUCUGAUUCAUCGUCGGCUAGGCUUGUUUCGGUUUCUUCUGCUGCUCGUGAAGCGAUGGAGUUUGUUGCUUUGUUUGAUAGAGAUUUUGGGAGUAACAAUGCUUUUAAGAUUGAUUUUGUAUCCGAAGGGUUUAUGGAUGCGCUUCAGCGGUCUAGGACCUCGUUUAAGCUCUUGUUUGUUUACUUGCAUUCUCCUGAUCAUCCUGAUACGCCUGUGUUUUGUGAUGGGACGCUUUGUAGUGAAGCGGUUGUAGCGUUUGUGAAUGAGAAUUUUGUUUCUUGGGGUGGUAGUAUUCGAUCUAGUGAAGGAUUUAAGAUGAGUAAUAGCUUGAAGGCAUCGAGGUUCCCGUUUUGCGCUGUGGUUAUGCCUGCCGCUAACCAGAGAAUUGCUCUUCUUCAACAGGUUGAGGGACCAAAAUCUCCAGAAGAAAUGCUUUCUAUACUCCAGAGAGUUGUAGAAGAUAGUUCACCUACUCUUGUAACUGCUAGGGUUGAGGCGGAGGAAAGAAGAACCAAUGUUCGUCUGAGAGAGGAACAAGAUGCUGCUUACCAGGCCGCUCUUGAAGCCGAUCAAGCAAGGGAGCGACAGAGACAGGAAGAGGCAGAGCGUUUAGAGAGGGAAGCUGCUGAGGCAGCAAAGAAACUCAAAGAAGAAGAAGAGGCUCGGGAGAGAGCAGAACGUGAAACUGCAGAGAGAGAAGCUGCUAGAGUGAGAAUGAGACAAGAGAAAGCACUUGCUCUUGGAGAUGAACCUGAGAAAGGCCCUGAUGUUACACAAGUUUUGGUACGGUUCCCGAAUGGAGAAAGGAAAGGAAGGAGGUUUGAAAGCGAAACCAAGAUCCAGACAUUGUACGACUAUGUUGAUUCACUUGGAGUCUUAAACACAGAAGAGUACAGCUUAAUCACUAACUUCCCAAGGACAGUGUAUGGAAGAGACAAAGAGUCAAUGUCACUGAAAGACGCAGGUCUGCAUCCUCAGGCAAGUCUCUUCAUCGAGAUCAACUAAAAAUUGCUGAUUCUUCUGUUUUUCAUUUUCCUUUUAGCCCUCUCGUUAAUUUUUAAGGUUAUUCUCUAUUGAGAUAUUUAGUUUGUUGCUUUGAAUGAUACAUUGGACCGGAGAGAUAUUACAUAUAAUAUAUACACACAUAUAUUCAGAAGUUGCAUCAUAAUGCAGAAAUAAUUAUUUAUUAUGAUGCUA